GGAAUGCGUGGAUUGAAUGCCGAGUAGCUCGUGGCAGGAGGCACCAGCAUCUGGGGGCUUUCUGGGGAGUGCUUGCCGGGUGGCUCCCACCUGCUGGAGGAGGGGCCGGGGCGGAGCUAAGAUGCGGAGGUGACGCACCAAAGACCAGGAUCGCUGCUCCAGCUCGACCCCCAGCGAGACCCAGACCUGCCGCAGGCUCCAGCCCCCUGGUAAAAAUGGUCUCCAGGGUGGUCUGCACCAUGCUAUCUGGCCUAAUGUUUUGGCUGACAUUUGGGUGGGCUGCAACCUCUGCGUAUAGCCCAAGAACCCCUGACCGGGUCUCCGAAACAGACAUCCAAAGGCUGCUCCACGGCGUUAUGGAGCAGCUGGGCAUUGCCAGGCCACGGGUAGAGUACCCAGCUCACCAGGCCAUGAACCUCGUGGGCCCACAGAGCAUCGAAGGUGGAGCUCAUGAAGGCCUGCAGCACUUGGGUCCUUUUGGCAACAUCCCAAACAUUGUGGCAGAGUUGACUGGUGACAACAUUCCUAAGGACUUCAGUGAGGAUCAGGGCUACCCAGACCCUCCAAAUCCUUGUCCUGUUGGAAAAACAGUUGAUGAUGGAUGUCUAGAAAACGCCCCUGACACGGCAGAGUUCAGUCGAGAAUUCCAGCUGCACCAGCACCUUUAUGAUCCGGAGCAUGACUACCCAGGCUUGGGCAAGUGGAACAAGAAACUCCUCUACGAGAAGAUGAAGGGAGGACAGAGACGAAAGCGGAGGAGUGUCAACCCGUAUCUGCAAGGACAGAGAUUGGACAAUGUUGUUGCGAAGAAAUCAGUCCCCCAUUUUUCAGAAGAAGACAAGGACCCAGAGUAAAGUGAAGAAUCCAGGUGGACACCCACAUGACCAUUUGUCCACGGCAUCGCUUCUGUGCAUGUGCUAUUACAGCCCCCUGAAUGGCAACAUGUUUCUAAUUUAGGCGAGUGUGGAUGCAAGCAGCUGUACUUUUGUGCAUUGUCCUUCACGCUGAUAACUCUGCUUUCUGCUAAAUUAGAAUAGAAGCUUUUUUUAAAAUGAGGACCUGAAAUGAGCAUUAAAAUUAAAGCUUGUGUGUCAAUAACGGUGAAAAGCAAGAUUGUGAAUGAAAAGUCCUCAGAUUUCUUGCAGUUUGGACUGAAGCUUUGGGCUGCACUGUUCGGGCCAAGUCUGUAAAAAAGUGGCAUUUGUUUUUGAUGAUGUCACUCACCCAGCCCUUGGGCAUCAUUACACACCAGUGAAGAGGACUGUACUUGAGAGGACAAGUUGACACAUUUCACUUGGCUGUAUCUUAAUAAAUGUGUAUGCAAGCA